ACUGACCUAUUCAAUAUAAUGAUUACCAUGCCCCAGUCAACAAGCUGUUCAAAACAAACUUUGAAAAAGUAUUUUUAGUACACUUUACUUCACCAAUAAGCACCCAAUGAAAAACAUGAGAGAAAGAGAGAAACAAGGGAGCAGAAGGAAACAAUAAAUCUAAGAGGUAUAUCUCAAGAAUUGCUGUGAGAGAAGAGAACAAAAAAUAUGCAGUCACCUUGUUUGCGGAAGGCCAGACAAGCUUGCUUUGAUGGGUGUUGCCCAAACCCUCUCCUCCUCAACUCUGCUGAGCCCCAGAAAACCAUUUCUAAGUCCAGAAACACAUCUUCUGCUUCUCGACACAACUUUGCCAAAAUCACAACUUCCUCUUUCUUCCCAAAUACCCAGUUUACUAACCAUGAGUCUCUCCCUUCUUUGCAAGACUCAUUCAACCAAUUCUCUAAUGCUUACCCACAAUACUCUGAGACUACCCGAGUUGACCAAAUCCGAGCCCAAGAAUACGAUCAUCUAUCCGUCUCCAAUAAUAUCUGCCUUGAUUACAUUGGCAUAGGUCUCUUCUCUCACUCACAAUUUCAAUCUCAGUACUCUUCACUCAUCUCAAUUGAUCCUUCUUCUCCAACACCUCAAUCUUCGGAUUUUCCAUUUUUCAGUAUAUCUUACAAGUCGGUGAAUCUCAAGUCACAGCUACUUCAUGGUGGCCAAGGGUCAGAAUUGGAAUGUGCAAUGAAGAAAAGGAUCAUGGAUUUUCUUAAUAUGUCUGGAAAUGAUUAUAGCAUGGUUUUCACUUCAAACAGAUCAUCAGCUUUUAAACUUGUAGCAGAAUCUUAUCCUUUUCAAUCCAGUCGAAAGCUUCUGACGGUUUAUGAUUAUGAGAGCGAGGCAGUGGAAGCCAUGGUAAAUACAGCACAAAAAAGAGGAGGCCGUGUCAUGUCAGCUGAGUUCAAGUGGCCGAGACUAAGGGUUCACUCCGUAAAAUUGAGGGAGAUGAUUGUGAGGAAGAGGAUGAAGAAGAAGAAUAGGGGACUAUUUGUGUACCCUCAUCAGUCAAGAAUGACUGGAGCCAAUUAUUCUUAUCAAUGGAUGAAUAUGGCACAGGAAAAUGGGUGGCAUGUCUUGCUGGAUGCUUGUGCGCUGGGGCCAAAAGAGAUGGACAGCUUGGGCCUCUCUCUAUAUCACCCUGACUUCAUCAUUUGUUCUUUCUACAAGGUUUUUGGGGAUAACCCAACUGGAUUUGGAUGCCUCUUUGUCAAGAAAUCCACUGUGUCAGUCUUGGAAACUUCCAUAGGCACAGGGAUUGUGAGUCUUGUCCCGGUCAAAAAGCUGUUUCGGUCACCUGAGGAUUCUCUUAGUACGGAUGAAGGAUUCCAACAAGCAUCUAUAUUUGAGACACAGAGAGAAGAAUUUGCUACAUCAAGCUCUUUCUCAGGUCCCAUCACUAUUCAAUGCAAACAAUCUGGAGAACUUGAAAAAGGCAAGACCUCUGAGAUCCAUAAAACAUUUGCUCCAAGAUUACAAGGGCCAGAAACUUCAGAACUUGGGGAACCAGAGAUAUCGAAUGAUUCAUUUCAAGGAAAGAAAAAACUCGGUGAGAAUGGGGGCUCAGAAAUCGAAUGCAGGGGUUUGAAUCAUACGGAUUCAUUGGGACUGAUGUUGAUCAGCAGCAGAGCAAGGUGCCUGAUCAAUUGGCUGGUAAAUGCACUGAUGAAGCUUCAGCAUCCGAAUGCAGAGAGCAAGAUUUCCCUGGUUAAAAUCUAUGGUCCAAAGAUAAAAUUUGACCGGGGACCAGCAUUGGCAUUCAACUUGUAUGAUUGGAAAGGAGAACAGGUUGAACCUGCUUUCAUACAGAAGCUUGCUGAUCGAAGCAAUAUUUCUCUUAGCCUCGGGUUCUUACACCAAUUAUGGUUCUCAGAUAAGUAUGAAGAAGAGAAAGAAAGAUCCGUAGAGAAAAUCAUAACUAAAGAAAUAGAAAAUAAAGGAAACAAGAAGAAAAAACCUGACCAGCGUAUAAAAGUGGUCACAGCUGCACUUGGGUUCCUGACCAAUUUUGAAGACAUAUAUAGGCUUUGGGCUUUUGUUGCUCGGUUCCUGGACGCAGACUUUGUGGAGAAGGAACGAUGGAGGUAUACAGCCCUUAAUCAGAAAAUAGUUGAAGUGUAAGCAUAAUAUUUGUGUAUUCAUUGAUUCUUGCAGAGAAUGAAAUGCUAAAAUCAAGUAAUCUGUGUGCAGUCAACCAAAGUUGU